UUUGCAUCAGUCCAGGUAUGGGUCUCCUUCUCCUUGAACAUCCCUCCUUUGGUAUAUAAUAGCUAUGCGUAAGUUCCUACUUCUAUCAACACGACCAGUUUGGUCCAGUAGCCUCACAACCUUCCAAGAAGACUUCUUCCGCUAUUCAAGCAGCCCUUGUUUGACGCAUACGUCCUUGAACAAACCGUUGACGUCUAGCUACCAAGGCUCUACCAACUGUGCUCUGUGACAUAUUUGCAGACCAGUUCUAGCACGCAUAACCAUUCCCUUACGACCGUCGUCACGGGCAGACCAAUCAUCACAUUUUCUUUGCGUGCUAUAAUAUCACAUCUUCACCAAUUCACGCACAUAAUGUCUCGCUAUAACAACUACACCACUCCCCCCAGAUCACCUGCAUUCGGCUUCUUCCCCACUUCACCCGCUGCCCCACACGCGUUCUCUACUAUGCAGGGGAACCCGCGUGACUCGCACGCCAUGUACUCGGCGCUGGGCUCAGCCAUGGGUUUCCAAUCAAGCAGCCCGCGCAGCAAGAGCAACGGCGGGAGCUCAAACCCGCUGAUGAAGUUCUACAGAAAGUGAUACUUCCUCAUCAUCAUGAUCGUCAACUGUAUCCAUCACGAAGGGGUCACGUGGACCCAAACCCAUUGUAUCGAUAGCACUGGAGCGGAACCGUUAUUGUUUUAUGGUUAGGGAGAUGAGGGGCGGAGCGCGCAAAAAAUACAUACCGAAUGAGGGCUGCAGGUCAUCUUCUUAACCACUUCGUUCGAUUACAACACUUAUUUCUCUAUCAAAUCCGAGUCCCUGUGUCCAUAUCUCGUACGCAUAGAACACACAUAUUGUAUCUCUAUUGUUUCAACCUGGAUGCUAUGUAUUUAUUCCUCCCCUAUCAUUCAAAAGUUGACAGAUGAAGUGAAGACAAUAAUGUAAGACAAA